GUGACAAUGUCUUCCGGUUUGUGUGUGUAUUAGGCCUAGGCCCUACGUGGGAAGCUGAAACCAAAGAUAAACUGAGUGAUUACUUGGACCAGGUUAUGAAAAUGAUAUUUGGAACAAGACUCUCCAGUGGUCACUCAGGAAUCAUAACAUUUAGCAACUUUUACUCAAAGGCAGCAUCAUGAUUUAAAGGGCAGCAAUUAGGACCAAGGAAAUUAGAGGUAACGGUGAUCUAAGGAGCCUCUUUAUAAAUCUACAAAUAUGAGGAGUUCAAGUGCACAGAGACUUGAGAGAAAGUUGAACAAGCAUGCUAUGACAAUUCUGAUUGGUGGGAUAUUUUUGUCGUUCAGUGCGCUCAUGUACCUUUCGUUCUGCCACAUGCCGUGCGAGGACCCCACAUAUGCUGUAGCUCACAACAGGUUAAAGGAAGCUCAAAAUGAGGCCUACUGGAGUGGUAACAUGUUGUCCCCAAGACGGAAAAUCUCAGUUUUUCUUGCCGUUAUUAUCCCGUCUGCUCCUGGCAAUGCUAGACAAAGGGAUGUUGUGCGCGAAACCUGGGGCAACGAUCUAGGUAAAGACUCUAUCUUGAGGUUUAUCAUAGGCACAGGCAAUAUCAGCUUGGAUGUAGAAAAGGAGCUCCAAAGAGAAAACUUACUCCACAAAGAUCUGGUGCUUUUAAAGUUAAAUGAUUCUUUUGUAGCUUUAACAAAGAAAAUGUUAGAAACCUUCAAAUGGUUAGAUAGUAAUGUAGAUUUCAAGUUUGUGCUAAAAGCAGACGAAGAUACAUUUGUUCAAGUUGAUAAAUUUAAAGCAGAAUUACAAUUAAAACCUAAGGAACAGCUUUAUUGGGGAUUUUUUGAUGGACGUGCAACUGUUAAAAAGAUGGGGAAGUGGCCGGAGACUGAUUGGAAGCUGUGUGAUAGAUACUUACCAUACGCUUUAGGGGGAGGUUAUGUCUUAUCUAGUGAUUUAGUCCACUACAUUGCUUCAAACUCAAAAAUGUUAAAACUUUUCAACAAUGAAGACGUGUCUGUAGGUGCCUGGCUCGGUCCUCUGGAUAUUCAGCGUCAACAUGAUCCCAGAUUUGAUACAGAAUACGUCUCUAGAGGAUGUCAGAAUGUAUAUCUUGUCACACACAAACACACUAACAUAGAGAUGCGAGAAUUUAAAGAAAAUAUUAAAAAAAAAGGGAAAUUGUGUACAAAAGAAUUCCAGCUGAGGUUAUCGUAUAUAUAUAACUGGAAUGGCGCACCGUCCAGGUGUUGCCAGAGAAUAGAUGACUCCAUUCCAUAGAUAAGAACAACAACUUAUCUGUUGCUUUUUAUAAGAUAAUUAAUUUUGAAAUAAGGUUUGGCUAGUUUUGAAAUAUUUACAUUAAAUUUGUAUGGUAUUCACCUGAACUAAGGUGUAAAGUUUUUUGUGUGAGUGGUAUAAAAACAAAGUCAUAGAAACCUCUUAUAAACAAUGUAGAAGUAUAGACAAAUGUAAGACAUAUUACAUGUAUCUAUUAGAAAGGAUGUUUGUCCAGUGAUAAAGUACUUUGACCUGCCUCUGUGUGCUAUCAAGUUUACCAAAGAGUCUAUAUAUAUAGCUUUAUGUGCUUCAACUCAAUUCUGACUUCUGACAUAAAAUUUAACAUUUGGUACAUUGUUUUAUUUAAGUAUUACAUUGAUCAAGGUCAGUUUUCUUAUUAACUUUGUACUUUACAUGUUGGCAAUUUGUUUAUCCAUCUGACAUCAACCUUUUUUUUUCUUUGAUCAACUUUUUUCUUUAACCCUUUCAACACUAGAUUUAUCAUCUCUAUAAUCUCUUUAACCAAGUUAGAAUGAACAACAUAGAUACCUUAAAUAUUAAGAACCCUGAACGGUUAAUUUAUGGUGACCCAAAUCUGUCUCAAGAUGAUAACAUUAUUUAUAUUUGAUCAGGUACAGAGGUACAUUUUAGAGUCAGGUAGAUUCUAGGUGCUAGCUGGGAUCUUUUCAUGCUCUCUUCAUAACUGUUUCCAUUCUUUUAUCAUACCUACCUGUGUAUAUUUUUUAAAUUUUUGGUUCAUCACAUAAAAUGGUCAGUAUUAUCACAAACUGUUAAUCUAAACAAUUUAUGUGUAUUAAUUAAAUGAAUGUUGUAGUACUUCCUUAACGUAAUUACAUUUCAAGGCAGAUGGCUUUAUAUAAGAUUUAAAAUCUUGUUGCCAGAUCAUAUUAAUAUUUCUAUUAACCUGUGUACUUAUUAUAUAUGA